UGCGCGCCUUCGAGCCGUUGGGAUACACACGGCAGCGGCAGCGGCACCGUCGUCGUAUACUGUCGCGCUACGCGUGCUACGGUCGUGUCGUCGCACCGUCGUCGUCGCCGUUGACGUACCGCCGUCGCUGCGGAGCAGCGACCUGGGUGUUGCACCUCCGUCGUCGUCGGCCACGCGGCCGCCCGUACCUUGGUGUUCGCGGUCUCGCCGGCUUCUUCCCCCUUGCUCUCUCGCGCGGAAGAGAACGCGAUCGCCUCGGAGGGUUGAUCGCUCGCCGCGCGCGUCUAAGAGGGGCGCGCGUUCCCGCGUGUGUGUUUACCGGAGCAUCGCGGAGCACGGCGGCGUACGUUACGUUUUACCCCCGCCAAGUGCCCGUUCGCCGUGCCGCUGACUCCUCGAGUGACGAUAGAAUAUUGGCACGCUUCCAAAGCGCUUCUGGCGAAGCGGAGACGUACCGCCACCGGCGCUACCACGUUGCUACAACUGUCGCCCGUCGCCGGUCUUGAGGAUACGAUCGCGCGUCGCUCUUCACUCGGGGGUGGAAAUCACGUCGGCGAACUGAGUGAGCCGCGCAUGAUCGACCGGAAGUUAUUAUUUGGGGAUACGGGGUCGUGGUCUCGUGAAACGUGUCGCGAUCACGCUGAUUGAUUAGCACCUAUGCACGGCGAGCAGUGUCGCGUAUCCAACAGUGCGAUGUGGCGAUGACUGCCUAGUUUCGGAGUAUUUCGUUUUGGAGCACACGAGUUUUCGGAGUUUUCUCUCGUUGCCUUCUACUUCGCACGUUUUCGCAAACGAAAUGGAUAUAGUGUGAAACGACUUUGUGUGAACGAUCAAGUGCUGCCGAUCGGUCUCGAUCGGUCGGAAGGGAUAGCAGGGGGUGUUUUGCGCCACGUGGGGGGGAGGCAAAGUGAUAAAGGAACAGCGGCGUCGUUAGAUGCGACGAUUUUAAAAGCAGCUCCCGGAGGCCAGCCCGACGCAAUGCGUCGACGCUGCUGACGCAAACGCGCCUGGAUGCGUCUCACUCUUAACACGUUACCACAGCUUGCCGUUUUAGCGAAGAUUUUGUGCCUCCUGAUGGUGGUGAUGUGCGGGGCGGUGCCGGCGAUGGUGCGCUCCGUGAGUCUCUACUCGACGUGCAGCAGCGGCAAUGUUACCGUAAUAGGCCGCUCGAUCAAAGCCAUGGGACGCGACGAUCACAAUGCACCCUACCAGAUGCUCACCACACAAUCGGAAGAUUUCAGUAGGAAGCUGUACAUCUUUGCGGAGAAGAGCCAACGAUACAUUUGCUUCAAUAAGCGGUGGAAACUCGUCGGCCUGCCGAAGAAACAGAAGGGACCGAUGUGCCAGUUUUACGAGGUAUACAACGGCUCCUAUCUGAGGUACAGGAGCGCCGUCGACGGGACGCGUUACAUCGGCUUCAACAAGUUCGGCAAGCCGAUGAAGAAUCCCCACGGCAGGCAGGAGUGCUUCAACUUCAUCAAGUAUAACCCUCACGCGGACAUAAACCACCACAAUAGUCUGGUGAACGCGGAGAUGGGCGGCAUGGAGCCGCGGGAGCCGUACGUCGUCUCGAGGAAACCGUCGCCGGUGAUGAGGGCCACGAAGAACUCCCUGUUGCAGGCCGACAGCGCGAGGGAGCACGUCCACACGUCCACGCAUCGCCAUCGGCACUCGAAUCGCUGGAAGAUGCGGCAGGACGGCGGCGGGGACUCGGGACCCCGGAGACGGCACGAGAGCCGCCUCCUCGUCGAGGCCAGCAAGUAUUGAGCCGCGUGCGAGCUCGCCGAUCAAGACUGCCUCCUCCGUACCCCGUGAGAAAACCUGAGAGAUCAGAACUGCCAAAUACGCUGGUGGAUUCGCACGGUCGGGAUGUUCAGGAGCCCACUUUAAAUGUCGGCGCCUCAUGUGUUCGCGACUCGAAGCACCACGUAUUCGUUCGAUCGGUCGGCGAAUCAAGAGCGCGGGCGCGGCUCGUUCCGAGCACCACCACUCACACACACACACAUACACACACGAACACACACACCACACGCGCGCGCGCGCGCGCGCGCGCCUUAAAGCUGCGCCCGUUUAGUUUCCGUUUCCGCCCGCAUCGGGAGCCGAAGCAAACGUUCCCGCCGGCGGAGACGGGUGCCGUCGUCGAGAUUUAGCGUCCAGAUCGGCGGAGGACUUCCGCCGCGAACGAAGCUAUCUCAAUUUCACGUGGUUAAGUUCGAUUUACACUUGCCCCGACUGACCCCCUUCAGGCAAGUAUGUACCUCGUAACGUAUAAGAGCGUUUUCUUUCUAAUCGUUAAUUGAUUCCUCGUGGCUUUUAAUUCGCGCGCGACGAAUCGCUCUCGUUAUCUCUAUCUAUCUCUCUCUUUCUGUCUCUUUUUUACUCUCUAUCUAUCUGUAUCUAUUUUCUUUUCUCUUAGUCUCGUGACGAAGCGUGGCCAAUUAGUAGAGAAAACACCUUUUUUUCGAUGCCGUGCGUCGCGGUAAACGUGCGGUACCGCGCCGGCCAUGUAAAUUCAUUCCAGGCCUGUUAUCGCCCGGUCGAUCGUGUGGCGACGCGAACAGAAAGGAAUUCACAUCGCGUAGAAAUCGUAGCGUAACCGAACGGCUACUGUGCUUCGAGUGCGGUCACCGGCCCGCGAUGAUAGCGCAAAGAGACGCGCGGACGGCGCACGUCGAUGGACACGUGUUUCCCAAUUUGCUCGACAGAAAUCAUCCGUCUUUCGGAUAUAUCGCGAAAUACAAAAUUACUAGUGCAAUUUCGAGAUAUUAAUAUAAUUCACUUAAACAAUGUUUAUAUACAAAAUUCAAUCAAGGUGCAUCAUCAGGCAUAUUUUAGAAAAAAUGUCUCUUGCUUGUUCCUACGAUGAAAUCUCAAUGCAAUAUCGUAUUUUAGCAAUAAAAAUAAACGCAAUAAAUUGACAAAUUUGUUUGUGUUAUACACAAACAAGCGUCUAAUAUUCAUCCAGUCGAUUCGAUCAAGCGCUUUUCGGUAACAAAAUGACGCGUUACCAGGUCGUAACGUAUCGGCAACGAAAAUCACGAUCAAUAUACAAUCGUCAGAAUUUCGUUCCUCGACGAAUUAUAAAGCGGGAACGCUGUCGGCGCUGGUCCAGCGAGGAAAUAUUUGUCACGUCGCUCGUACGCUCGUACCGUCGCCUGCUCUUACGCUCGCCUGCGCAGUUAGAGCUCACGCCGCGCAAGACUCUCUCGCUCGCUGUGCUAAUUACGCCGCCUAACGUAGCGUGCGUGCGUGCGUGCGUGCCUGCCUGCCCGCGUGUAUGAAUAAUGUGUGCGUGCCUGCCUGCGUGCGUACGUGCGUGCUCGCGAUGUACACGCAGGCCUUACCGCGCCGCCGACGCACAAACUCGCGCGGCGCGAUCGAUUAACGAACGUGCCGAGUCCGACAACCGACGACAAGUCCUUCGGUGGGAUUUUUCUUUGAUAAUUCACAAUUCUCCGGUUUGCGCCGAUCAGAUCGUGUAUCGGGGAUCGUAUAUUCGGUGUCUUUGAAAAUUAAUAUACGAUGUCGUUGUGUGACUUUGAAAUAGGAGGAACAAAAUGUUUCAGAUGCGGGACAUUUGAAGGCUUGAUAUAAACAAGGCUGGAAGUGCCAUAUAUUUAAACAAAGAAAAAAAAAGAAAGGCAAAUUACUUUUGUAUUUAUAGAAGAGCUCUCUACGCUAACGAUACAGCAAAAGAGCUGUACAUGUAAUUUUUGAGAGGAUACUUACGGAGAUGCCCAGAGACGCGGAGAUAAAGAGUAUUUUUUCUAUACUUUUUCAAGUGAAUAAAAAUGUAGUUUUUCAUUUUUGUACUCUUUCCAAGUGCUCGUCUGUGUUCCUCUAUCUCUCAAAUACAAGAUGACAUCGACGAAAUUUGACGGCAAUAUUUUUUUAAAACAAUAUAUUUCACGUGAAAUCUUUACCCUGAGACACCUCUCUUCUUUCGUGCAUUCGAACGACGGCGAUCGGUUAGAACUGCGUGUCCGCGUACGCGAGGGUAUAUAUUGUACUUGUAUGCAUUCCGCGUGCAUACGUAUUUCUCGCCUCCGAAACGCGUGUGAGUGCGUGUAAUAUAAUGCAUUAUCGUUAAUGAACUUAAUCCUUAGAACGCUAUCGCAGACUGUAUUAUUAGGCUAGGUACGUGAAUAUAUGACGCGGUGGCGAUUCGACGAAGGGAACGACCGAGGGGAGCGCCGAGUUCCUCGAGGAGGGAACGUCUUGUGCAAUCUUAUUUUUCGCUUCUAUUUUUUCCGAGCUCGAGUGUCGACCUCCUCUCGCCGUUUUAACUUUUCACAAGGCACAAGGAUAUGGCACCCCGGAGCGGUUCAUUUUCGUAGACUCGCCACGUAAGAAGCGCCUAUCCCCCUUUUUCCCCUCUCUCCCCCCUCCCCCUUUCCAAAAAAGAAAGAAAGAAAUCGCUCCCUAGGUAGCUUAUUUAUUGAAAUCACGUUUAGGUACUACGAAAGCCGAAAAGUCCGAGAAACCCUUCGAGAAACCCUUGUACGUAUAUAUAUGUAUAUGAAGAUAUGCGCUGCUCUCUUUUCAUCAUUUUCAUUGCUCACCCUUUUCCCCAUCCCCUUUCCCUCUCUAUCAGUCACAUUUCUUAAUUAUCAUUUCGCGCAACGUCAUGUCACAAUUGCGGGCCAUUCGAUACGAUGUCAUUAAUUAUUAAUUCAUCGGGUUUUAGCUUAUUUAUAUCUUUUUUCUAAAAAAAAAUCAUUUUCAACGUUACAAAUCCUUCAUAAAGAGAUAGUGUGUUACAUUUAUGUUUAAUAUUUCAUCACGCUUCAUCGCUGUAAUAAAGAGUAAUAUUCAAAUCAUGCCCAUUUCUAAGAUUUUUAAUUAACGUUUUAAAUAAUUAAAACUUACUUGAGAACACAUUUUCUUCACGCCGCGUCCCUUCACUCGUUUAAAUUAUUAAAAUUCACGCUUUUUACGCGAAGUCUGAAAAUACUCAAUACCUGAUUAAUUUAAUUGCAUACGAGUGGCAGUGCAUAAGAAAGCUUAUUCCUACGGAUGAUGUUUGUAUGUGUGUUAAAAAAUGUAGGGAGCAAUGUGCACGUAGUAACGUCACGUUUCGUACGACGAAUCAAAAAUUCAGUCUUGUAACGCAUUUCACACAAAUUGGACAUUCUUUUUUUGGAAUCUUUUUAUAUAAUCUACGAAAAAAUUCUUAUCUCUUUUUACCCCGCAAACCGUCGUUUAAUUACGGUAAAAUUUGACUUCUUUCGGUGAUUCGUUAUCGGCACGUGGCGAGUGCAAGCUAAGCACGAUAAGAUGUCGCGUGUAAACAGAAAUUAAACGCCAGCAGAUGACCAUGAGAAAGGCAUAAAAUCCGACGCUUAUAAUUUAAUAACAGAUAACUAAUCUAACGUGUAUAUGUAUUGUAUUGUAAUAUGAGUAUUGUAACUCCGCCUCUAAAGAAAAAGAAAAUUAACCAACUCGUUUUGUAUGUCUAAGCAUAGCGUCACGUAGCAAGAAUCACCACCGGCGUUCACGGCGCGAUGCGGAGGAAAAAUGACAGAAUAAUUUUUAUGGAGUAUGCGAGUCUCCUCGAAAGCGAGAUGUGUCACUGGACUCUGUCGUUCUACGUAUUAUGUGUAAAAAAAGGAAGACGAAAAGCGCGCAUGCGAUUCCCGACCAGCGCGUCACACUCUCGCGACCUCAUCGAAUACACUACUCGUAAUCGAGCCAUUACUCGGAAAUUACUUUCGGGAUCGAAGAAAAUUUCGUCGAUUGUUUGUUAUAUCGUCUAGUUUGUAUAUUUUUAUAUUGGUGAGAAAUUUUCGUUCGGUACGUUUAAACUCCGUUAGCGUCACAUGACGUUGCGAUCAUCUUAUCAUCGCCGCGUGACUCGAUUGCGAGCAGAGACCAUCACCGCCCGUCCUAUAGCCCCCUUCCCCCCUUCCUUUUUUUUACUUUCUCAACCAUCGACGAACCAGAAGACAAAAAAAAAACGGCAGAUGAAACGAAUAGAACACAAGAGAUGAAUCUGACUAUCCCUUUCCCCUCUCCUAUAGAUAGAUAGUAUACAUACUAAAUAAAAAAAGAAAGAUAAAAUAUAAAUAUUAUAUAUAUAAAUAAAAAUAUAUGAAAGAUGUGUAUUGUAAGAUAUUUAAUACCGACUUGUCUUAGGCACACCCGAUGACGAUCGAUAACAAUGAAACGAUGAUAAUAAUUAUUACGAUGAUUGUUGUAUAACGAACGACGACGAUGAUGAUAUUCUACACUGUAAUUCGCGUUGUAAUAUAGAGGCCCACCCGUUUACCCACUAAAAUCGAUGUGUCGAUGUACCCUCGGCCGUGCUGUGCUCGUGUGCACAUUUCCGAAUGGGAUGACUCCGAGAGAGGGUGAGAAUCGGGGGGGGGGGGGGGGGCUAUUGUGCAGGUGCGUCGCGCUUUGGACGACGGCCAAUCACAGCCGAACUGAGAUUUUUCUACGAGAAGGACCGGGAGCCACUUUCGUAACUGGCCGACGUUCAACGACCGUCGCACUCGCGGGACGGGAAAUUAGAUCGGUUUCGAUCGCGCCUUCGCGCUGCGCGACGUUAAUCAUCCCGGCUGUAGCGCGAAAGCUACACACGCACACACACACACAUACACCCACGCGCUCUCACGUACAUACAUACAGGUACACACGCACACACUCGCCCUGUUUACGAUGUGCAGCAACCUAUUACGAACGAGCAUAGCACGUCCGGCAGCAACUAGCAAUAAUAUAACAUUCCAACUUAAAUCGCAUAUGUACUGCGAAUUCUAAUAAUGUGUGCCGCCAUACGAGAAAGAAAAACACUGUCAAAUACACGCUCAUACACUGC